AUGGGCCGACCUGGUGAACCAGGACGAAAAGGCAACAAUGGUAUGCCUGGUCAUUUAGGCCAACCUGGCGACAUUGGUCCUCCUGGUCCACGUGGACCUCCAGGAAUGCCAGCUGGUAUGCCUGGAGCCCCCGGUGGUCAAGGUCCUCCUGGGCAAGAUGGUCCACCAGGAAUGCGAGGAAAUGACGGCCCACCAGGUACAUUUGGAAUGCGCGGGCUUCCAGGUAAAGAUGCUCACUACUGUCCAUGUCCUGCUCGCGGUCCCGUGGGAGCUGUUGCCUCCCCGCCAGCUCCGUAUGCAGCACCACCAGAACCUAUUGUUACGGAAGCUCCUGAGUAUGGGAAAAAAGCUGCAAAAAGAAAAAGCAAGAAGAAGCUCAGAAAAACUUAA